CAGAAUAACAGGGAGGAAGUGACGGAGAACAGAAGCGACAAAUCAUUUGAGCGUAUGCAGUAUGGUGGGCUGUUGAAAAUAGUUUAUGUAAUCGAAAGAAUGAAGAUCUUAAGUUGGAAUAUUAAUGGCAUCCGUGCCACCAAGAAUAGUUUGAAGCAACUACUGGACUCGCUUGUAGCAGAUGUUAUAUGUCUGCAGGAAACCAAAGUGACAAGGGACCUACUAGAUGAGCCCACAGCCAUAGUAGAUGGUUAUAAUUCAUACUUCAGCUUCAGCCGUGGGAGGAGUGGAUACUCUGGUGUAGCAACGUUUUGUAAAGAUGGUGCUACACCAUUUGCUGCAGAAGGAGGUCUGUCUGGGUUUUUCACCAAUCACAGUGGAGCUGUUGGAUGCUAUGGUAACAUGGAUGAGUUUUCAGAAGAAGAGCUACAAACUUUGGACAGUGAGGGGAGGGCUGUCAUCACACAACACCAAAUCCUCACAUCUGAUGAAAAGGAGGAGAAGUUGACCAUAAUUAAUGUGUACUGCCCUCGUGCGGAUCCAGAAAAGCCAGAACGUGGAGUCUACAAACUACAGUUUUAUCAGCUUCUUCAAGCAAGAGCAGAGGCCAUUCUUCAAAGCGGAAGCCAUGUUAUUAUAUUGGGAGAUGUCAACACAUCGCAUAGACCCAUAGACCACUGUGAACCUGAUAAGCUGGAGUUCUUUGAUGAGAAUCCAGGACGUGUGUGGUUGAACAGUUUUCUUUGGCAACAUCCUGAGCAGCUUACCACAGAAAGUGACACAGAUGUAUGCCAGAACCCUGACGUUGAACAAGAUCUAAGCACUGGCCAUACAGAGAAGAAACGCCUUUUUGUAGACACCUUUCGCCAUUUCCAUCCUGAUCAGAAGAAUGCUUUCACAUGUUGGUCAACUGCAACUGGUGCCAGACAAACUAAUUAUGGAACUCGGAUAGAUUACAUCUUUGCUGACCCAUGUCUGGUGGAAAAGGCAUUUAUAGAUUCUGUUUUGAUGCCAGAGGUUGAAGGGUCAGACCACUGCCCUGUCAAGGCAUCACUGAACUGCAGGUGGCUUGCUUCUCCUAAAUGCCCUGCUUUUUGCACCAAAUACAUGCCUGAGUUUGCAGGGAGGCAACAGAAACUUUCACAGUUUGUAGUGAAGAUUGAUAAAAACAAGGUUAGUUCUCACAAUGUGGAUAUAUUACCAGGUUCCCAGGAUUCUUCUGAAAUAACAGAGAAUGUGGUACCAGUUGCAAAACCUAAACCAUCACAAUCUACUCAGAAGAGAGCAGGUACAAAUCAAGGGGGAAGGAACAACAAAAAAAUGAAAGCAGAGCAGCCUAGACAUGGAACUCUUUUUAGUUUCUUUAAACCCAACAAUAUUCAGAAGAAGAGCUCAAAGGCUGAGGAGGUUGACAGAAUCCAGAAACUGAGUCCUGAUGAUCAGGAUGCAGGAAGUAUAACCCAAAAUACAGAUGUUACAGAUAACAGACUGAACUUAGAAACUACACCUUGCAACUUGGAGAAAAUGGGGGAGGCUCAAAAUAAACCCCAAGCUGCCUUCUGGAAAUCUGUAUUAAAGGGUUUACCUCCUCCACCCAACUGCCAUAACCAUAAGGAGCCCUGUGUCUUACGAACAGUGAAGAAACCUGGUCCAAACUGUGGCAGACAGUUCUAUGUCUGUGCACGUCCUGAAGGGCAUUCUUCAAAUCCUGAUGCACGGUGCAACACUUUUAUUUGGGUCGCUAAAAUUAAAUGACUUUCAUAUUACCAUAAUAUAAAAUACUACACAUGGUUUUCCACUGGAGCCUGUAGUUAUUUUAUUUUGUGGAGAUGGUGGGAAGUACGUGUGGUGACCAGUAACUCAGGCCACUUAUUAGCACUUAACAUACUUCAUUCCACAUAAAAAGUGCUGUUACAAUUAAUUCAUUACAGCCGAGUGAUGUCUACAGGUGUUUCUGCAGUUACCUCCUACUGCUCCUCUAGGCGUCAAAUAUUGCUUAUUCAUAUUUGCAUUAAUAAUUCCAAAACCAUGCUACACACAAGGUAUCAGAAUAUUUUAUCUUGAAGCAUAUAUGAAUGAAUGCAAGCACAAUUUUAUUGAUAUAUGACCUCUGUCAAUAAGUAUUUGUUAGAACUGUAAGGUGAUAACGUCAUUUUUUAAAGGCUGAAGCCACACCCACUGGGAGUUAAAGGUACAGACUCAAAAGAGCUCUACUGUACUGGAGGGAAUGAGUUAAAGGACGAGAUAAUGUCUUGUCAUAUUCAAGUCACAAUUAUGCAACCAAAUGGAGUUGGUAAAAUAACUGCAUAUGAUGACCUUCUGAGACCCUGUAAAAUAUGUAAAUGUAUACCUAUACUUUGUCCCUGUUAUGUGCUGCUGAUGUAUUUGCAUGAGUACAUGUACAGCGAGUUGGUUCAUGAUCAUCAGUAUGUUACCGAGCUUUUUGCUCUAUUGUGUGAAAUAUGAUACCAUAUGUUGUGAAAGUGUUUAGUUGCCUAAGGCAUGCACAUUCCAAAUUGUGCCGUGCACUGAAUUGUCUAGCUGCUGGUUCAAAAUUAUUGUCUUGAAGAAGUGAAAACCACACACGUUUUAUAAAUGGUUGCAUGUGUGGCAUAUAUGUUUGUGUGUUACUAUUACGAUUUUUUUUUUUUUUGCAACCUUCCAACAAAGGACAAGAACCUGGUUUACAGAUUGUGCUUUUCUCAUCUUGUCCUUCUAGGUUCAUAGGUUACUAGGUUAGUGGCCCUAGAACCUUUAUAAGCAUAGCCCUGUUAAUCCCGGGUUGCCUCAAUUGUCCUUGGUUAGGUGGAAGUACUUUACACAUCAGCACCGACAACCCCUGUCCAUGAAGGACAUGGGUGCCAUCUCCGAGGUGAAUUUGCAGUUGCCCUUCUUUUUAUGUUGCAAGGAAACACAGCACAAUAGUUACGGUACAACACUGUACUUGUAUGUUUCAUUUCAGAUUAAAUGUUUUUCCUUCUGGUUAAAAAAAAAACAAUCUUUCUGUUCACUUGUACUUUCAUUUUGAUGUUCACAUAUGUACUAGCACUGUUAAUCAGUCCAUAUACACUAAUUGCCCUUUUAGCAUUCAGAUUUGUAUGUCUGUGAAAAUUUUUAAAAAUUGCUUGAAAAAUCUUCCCAAGUACCUUUUUAAAGUCAUGUUGAUGAACUUGUGCAAGAUCUUCUGAAAGGCUUGGGUGUUAUAACGUGUUUAUGCUAGUACACCUCAUCUGUUGUCACAUUGUCUGAAAAUAACUGACAUUUUUCAUAGUAUUGGAAGUGACAUGCUGUUUUCUAUAUUUUAAAACUAUACUUCGGGUAAUACCAGGCUUUAAGAGACUGGAAUUUUGUACAUAAAACUUGAGUGGAAAGUCUGAUGUGAACUUUGACCUUCUCUAAUGCUGUUCAUAAGUAAGCGUGACAGCCUUUCAAAUAGAUACAGGCAGAGCUACACAAUGAAAAUGGUGCACUUUUAAUAUUUUAGAAUGUGAUUUCAUUGUGCUUCAAAACUUGAGUAAAAUUUUAAUUUGAUAUAAACCUGAAAUAAAUGUCAUCAGCUGGGCUGUA